GAAAUCCAGCAGAGUCCGAAAAAAAAGAACCGACAACCCGCUCCACAAAAUGGCAUCGCGGCGAGACGAGUAAAUACACUCUGAAACAACACACUGUUUCUUUCAUACGACCAGCAGACGAAGCUCCACCUGCAAAAACAAUGAAACCUCCCACCCCCUUAUUAACGGUGGUAUCAAUAGCAAUAAUAAUAUCACUAUCCAGUCUUCCUUCCUCCUCAUCAUGGCAAAUCCUUACAUCUCACAAUUUCACUUCUCAGAUCCAACUCCAUCCUCACAUCCUCCUUCUCCUCACUCUCCCCUGGUCUGGCGAAUCUCGCUCUCUUAUGAACGAUCUGUCGCUCGUAAUCGCCGAUAAACCCAAAGAUUUUUCCACUCUUAAAUUAAUGUUUAUGCAUAUCAAUAAAGAGAAUACGGUUACGGAUUCAAUUGGUGUUAGUGUUGAUGGAGCGUUAACUGUUAUUUAUUUUCAUUAUUCUGAGGCUUAUAAGUAUAGAGGAAGAUUUGCGGCCAAAAUUAUACUUUCUUCGUUGUAUCAUUAUAUUUCCGUUGCGCCCGAAGAGGUUCCCUUUAAAGUGCUGAAUACGAAUAGAGAUUUUACAGCGUUCGUUGAUUCAGCUGAUGAGACUUUGGUUCUUGUUGAUUUUUGUGGAUGGACGCAAAAGUUGAUAGGCAACAGUAAGAAAUUCAAUGGAACACAAAAUAAUACUAUUGGGCUUCACCUUGGAAUGGGCUUUAGUGGAGAGAAUGAUAGAAUACCGGUGUCAAGGGGGAAGACUAACCAGAAGGUUGCUGAGGGCAUGUGCAUGGCUGAACACAGCAUCAAUAAAGGGUUUUGGGAAGCUCCUUGGCUCGGGGAAUUUACUUCAGUAAAUGAUGACCGAUUGUGGGUCUUCAAGGAUCAGAAUAGUCAUUAUCUACACUCCUGUUCAUAUGAAGCAUUUGAGCGUUUCCAUUCAUUCUACGAGAAAUUCAUGAAUGCUGCGAAAGAAUUCUUUCUGCCUCUUGAACGACAUAGAUUUGGUCUGGUUUUAGAUAGGGCGAUGCUUUCAUCCUUAGGUGUUGGCGAUUCUGGUUCAUGGUUUGCAGUUCACUACCAAGCUGGGUGUUCAAGUUGUUCAAAUAUUCUUAAAGAAGAGGAUGACUUGAACAAUGUUUUGCAGAGGAACAAUUAUUUUGUCAAAGAGUUGGAAGGUAAUGAACAUGAUCAAGAAGCCACUAUACCAGCAAAUAAGCCAUCAGUGCUUCUAUUUGUUGAUAGAUCAUCCGACUCCUCAGAAACCUGGGGAAAAAGUAUGGAAGCUCUUAAAGCUCUUAGAGUAUUGGCUCAACAUGUGAAUCAAAUGGAUAGAAAGAAUAAUGAUAAUCACAAGAAAGUUGUUAUCCAAAAUUAUCGUGGCACAAAAAGUACACCUGAUCUUCUCAGGUCAAAGUUGUUGAUGAAAUCUCAGAAAAUUAAACUAAACGAGAAGAUAUCCUCCAUCACGAUUAUUAAUGAGGGUAAGCAAGUUAGUGUGGAUAAUGUAGCUUCUGAUCUACGAGUGAGUUCUUUGAAUGAGUUAUUGGGUUACCUUGUCCAGCACAAGAAGGACGGAAAACUAAGUUCUCUAGCAAAGGAUUUAGGUUUCCAACUUUUAUCUGAUGAUAUUGACAUCAAUUCAGCCAAUACACAACAACAAUUGCAUUCCGUUGUUCAAUCAAGUCAAAUUUCAGCAGAAACUUCUCAAGAUCAUACAAAUACUGUAACGAGGGAUGGCUAUCCAUAUAGAUCUGCAAUAGAGCUCGAGAAAAAUCCCAAAUUGGUUAUGCUAUCUUCUCAGCACGGCGGAGACAAGAAAUCUUCGAUUGCUAUUGGUGAAGAGAUAAGAGCCGUGCAAUCUGAAAAAUCUGUCACAGAUCACAAACUUCCCAGCACCAAAAUUAGUAAAUCAGAAAUAGAUAGCCCCACAGAUGGUUCUUCUGAUGGAAACAAGUAUGGAGGAGAGCAGGAUCAUUUUCAUGGUUUUAAUGGUUUCUUUUUCUAUUCUGACGGUAACUAUCAAUUACUUGAAAGUCUCACUGGUGCUUGUAGAAUUCCAUCUAUGGUCAUAGUUGAUCCCUUUUUGCAGCAACAUUAUGUCUACCCUGAAGGAAAAAGUUUCAACUCUGCUUCACUGUAUAGUUUUCUUUCGGAGUUUCUUAAUGGUACCCUGCUUCCAUAUCAGCGGUCAGAACAUGUUCUUCAAGGCCAAAAGGAGGCCAGGCAUCCUCCAUUUGUUAAUUUGGAUUUUCAUGAGGUGGAUUCUAUUCCUCGAAUCACAGCUCAUACUUUCUCUGAACUCGUUAUUGGUUUCAACCUAUCUAACAAAGAAAACACUUCAAAUGCAUGGAAUAAAGAUGUCUUGGUCUUGUUUAGCAACAGUUGGUGUGCAUUCUGCCAGAGAAUGGAAAUGAUUGUUCGUGAAGUAUAUCGGUCCAUCAAGGGCUAUGUGGAUACAUUAAAGAGGGGAUCUCAGAACGUUUCUGACCAUGAGGAUUUUGAUUAUGUUAUGAUGAAGAUUCCGACAAUCUACUUAUUGGAUUGUACAUUGAAUGACUGCCAUUUGAUACUCAAGUCAGUUGAUCAGAGGGAGGUUUAUCCUGCACUGGUUUUAUUUCCAGCAGAAAAGAAGGAACCCCUUCUUUAUGGAGGAGAUGUUGCUGUAAUUGAUGUUAUGAAGUUUGUAGCAGAGCAAGGAAGUAACUUUCAUCAUCUUAUCAGAGAGAAUGUAGCAGUUCUGUGGCGGUCUGAAAAACUAGUCAGGAAUCAGAACUUAUAUGGUACUUUGCAAACUGAGGUCCAUGAGGAAUCGCUUCAUACGCGGAACAAAUAUCACAGGGCCUCAGAUCAAGAUAGAAUACUUGAUCAGAUGGUCAAACCUAACAUGAUUAAUUUACAUGUAUCAAAUGGAAGGCAUGAAACAUUGCCUCACGUGGUGGUUGGUUCGGUGCUAAUUGCCACAGAAAAGCUUUCGGGGGCUCAGCCAUUUGGUGGAUCCAAGAUUAUCAUUGUGGCAGCCGAUCAAAUAACUGGAUUUCAAGGUCUUAUCAUUAACAAGCAUCUAAAAUGGAGUUUCCUGCCUAAAUUGGAAGAAGACUUGGAAAAAUUGAAAGAGGCUCCUUUGUCCCUUGGGGGUCCAGUUGUGAAAACUGGAAUGGUUCUUUUAUCCUUAACUAGAACAGUUUCCAGAAAUAAUUUACCUGAAAUCCUACCUGGAAUUUACUUUCUUGAUCAUGUAGCGACAAUUGGUACAAUCCAGGAGCUGAAAUCAGCAAAUCAACAAGUUGCCGAUUACUGGUUUUUCUUUGGGUACUCUAGUUGGGAAUGGAAGCAGUUAUAUAAUGAGAUAGCGGAAGGAGCUUGGAACUUGAGUGAGGAUGGAGUGAGUCAUUUACAAUGGCCUUGACUACCAUUUACUCAUUAAUCUUUACUGUACGAAUAACAUUGUUGAUCUCCUUGUUAUUUAUAGAGUUAAUUUAAAAGGAAAAUAUAGUAGAAACUAGAGAGUAACAUCCAGCAUAUUGUGAUACAUUAAAAGGUUUUGUAGUGGAUGAUUAAGAAUAUGUACUUUUAUGGGUUUGUGCAUUCAUUUCCUCUC